AUGCGGCCUUUACCUACAGGAAUCUAUACGCCUUUGCCGUGCUUCUUCGGUGAUGAUGAGGAAAUUGAUUUCAAAGCUUUCCAGAGCCAUGUGAAAUUCAUUGCAAGUGCCGGAACCAUUCCAGUCAUAUCUGGGUCUAUGGGAGAAGCAAUUCAUCUGAGCCACGAAGAGAAGAAGCAGCUCAUCCGGUCCGCUCGCGUUGCCCUUGACGAGAUCAACCUGACGGGUGUUCCGAUCGUUGCGGGUGCUGGCGGAGCUAGUACUCGCGAGUCUAUUCAACUCUGCAAAGAUGCGGCCGAUGCUGGCGCAGAUUAUGUGAUGGUUAUCCCACCAGGAUACUAUGCCGGAGCUCUUUUGGCAGACUCCACCUCGAUCAAGAAUUUCUUCGUGGAUAUCGCAGAGGCAUCACCGUUGCCAGUUAUCAUAUACAACUUCCCCGCUGUUUCGGGUGGUAUUGAUAUGGACAGUGACUUGAUUGUGCAGAUCAUCAAGUCAUCUGCCAAUAUCUGCGGUGUGAAACUGACAUGCGCUAAUGUUGGCAAGUUGACUCGAAUCAUGGCCCAGGUCUCCAGCCUCGAUUUCCAAAAGGACUUCCCUCGAUCAUCAUCUACCCCCUUUCGGGCAAUCGAUGGCUUUAUCGACUUCUUGCUACCAUCCAUCUCGGUUGGAUCAGCGGGUGCGAUCAGCGGCCUACCUAAUAUAGCACCGAAAUCAUGCGUGAAACUGUGGGAUCUCUGUCAGGACAGCGGGUCCAGCAAAGAGGCAACUGAGUUGCAAAACCUGAUUGCUCUCGCGGACGGAGUAGCAUUGAAGAUCGGAAUUGCCGGGAUGAAGAAAUUGUUGCAUCGACAAUUUGGGUAUGGCGAUAAACCCCGGUUGCCACUAUUGCCGAUGGACGACAAAGUGGCGGAUACAAUUCUAUCGAGUCCGUAUCUAAAAGCACUAUUGGAUCUGGAGGCCACGCUGUGA